AUGAAUCUCAUUAUGGGCAUCCCGGUUUUCCAUGGAGUUUUUACGGUUUUGUUCGUUGUCUCUGACGUUCUACUCCCACUACCUGUGCCGUUAGCGUUCCGACCCCAAAACACGCAGGAUCGCCCCGUUACAGUUUGUAACUCGACAAAUCCUCCUCCUUGUGCUGAUAAAAGGUUUGGCUUCUGCAUUAGCGACGAUUCCUAUCCUAUGGACCACAUCACGGCUACCAUAGAGAAUUACUCUGAAUUAGUGAAUCAAUUCAGCUACAAAUCGAUUCCAAAGGAGGAAAUCAUCCAUCGUCCAAUUAAAAUUGAUAAAAAAGGACCCUGUUUAUCCACGAAUGUUUUCAUUAAACCCAUUCGAAUGCCCAGCAUCAACGGAAACUGGCGCGUGAUCGUUCAAGACGCCAAAGACAUUAUCCAGCGCGAACGGAUCGUUCUUUGUACCAGAGCCGGCGAUGUCUGUCAGAUGCCACCGGAAAAGUUAUUCGCACCUCUACAAUGUCACACAAGUCGCUGCAGUCAAAAGUUUAUUGUUCGUCAACUUUUAGCUUAUGAUCCUUGCGAUCCCACUCGUGGUAUUUUUGUGGAUUCUUUUAAAAUACCGUCGGCCUGCAGUUGCCUUUUUUUUCGUUCAACAUGUUGA